UACAGGAAACCAUUUACAUCUAUUUACAUUUUGGUGGAUUUUAAAACAUUUUUCGGUGUAAAAGCAGAAAUGAAGCUACCGAUUUCGUUAGUGCUUGUGGCACUUAUGGCACACAAUGCCUACCAGCAAGUACUCAACUGUUACGUGCCUGCCGAUAUUAUGAUCCUGAUAGACGGAUCUGACAGCAUUCAGGACCAGAACUGGAGAGAAAUAAAGAACUUCGUGAGUCAGCUAGUGACGAACUUCGACGUCGGCAGGGACGCUAUUCACGUUGGCUUUGUCGUCUACAGUUCCGACGUUGGCGACCAUAUUGGUCUCCAACCUUUCAAACCGAAAAACGUUUUAAGAACUUUGUCUGGCAUUUUGCGGCAACCCAAAGCGAGUACAAAUACCGCAAAAGGUAUAGCGUAUGUUCGCAAUGAGUUUAAAACGCGCGGAAGAGCAGGGGUGCCGAAAAUUCUCAUCGUCAUCACAGAUGGAAGUUCGGAUAACCCCCGAGAAACUCGAAAGCAAGCGAAUAUAGCAAAGAUAGAGGGUAUUCGAGUGAUAGCAGUUGGAAUCGGUCAAACAUUCAGAGACGAGUUACGACAGAUUGCGUCUCGACCGGAAAAGGUUUACACCGCCGCCUCGUUUGCUACUCUCCAGACGUUGGUGUUCGAGAUCCAACGAAUGGUCUGUACAGUGAUUACGACAACUACAACCACGACUACAGCUAUUCCUAUCCCAACGAAGCCUCCUGUUGUUAUCCCUGUACCAUCAGAUAAAAUUUGUGACGUACCGGGAGAUAUUGUGUUUGUGAUGGACGGAUCGGAUAGUAUCGAUGAUGCUGAUUUUAUACGUCAGAAACAGUUCGUUGCCAAUCUAAUCGAUAACUUCGAGAUAAGUACAGACGCAAUUCAUGUAGGUUUAAUAGUAUACAGUACUAUUAUAGGUGACACAGUGGGGUUACAACCUCCAAAAAAUAAAGAACUGCUGAAAAUCCUCGCUAGAAAUUUACGACAUCCAAAAGUGGGAACGAAUACAGCACGUGGUAUAGAACGCGCACGUGAUAUGAUCAGAAAGGAAGGUCGUGCAAUGGCUCCCAAAAUGAUUGUUGUUAUUACCGAUGGAAGAUCAAGUUCUCCCAAACUGACUGUCGCCCAGGCAAAUAUGGCUAAGGUCGAGGGCAUCACCUUGGUAUCUGUGGGUGUCGGUACUCAGAUCUUCAGUGACGAACUCAAUCAGAUCGCCAGCAGCAGAAGGAAAGUGUUCGAGGUGUCCGACUUCAGAUCGCUGGAGCUCAUCAUAACAUCAAUGAGAGAUCUACUUUGUCAAGCCAUCACCACCACCACCUCUACGACCACGACAACACAGAAACCGACAUACAUUCCUCCACCUGAUGACUUGUUUUGUAAUGUACCUGCUGAUGUUGGCAUUCUUCUUGACGGGUCGGACAGUAUUGCUGACGCUGACUGGACGAAGCAAAAAUAUUUCAUCGCUAGUCUGAUCAAUAACCUUGCUGUCGGCCGGGAUACGAUUCACGUCGGUGUUGUCGUCUUCAGUACAAUCAUUGGCGAGACGGUUGGCCUAACACCAUUUAAGCCGAAAGAACUGCUCAUGAUUUUGUCAAACAACCUCAAGCAACCAAAGGUCGGCACAAAUACCGCAUUAGGCAUACAGCGCAUGCGUCAAAUGCUUGCAAGUCAAGGUCGUGCAAACGCUCCAAAAGUGAUGAUCAUUGUUACUGAUGGUAAAUCCUCGUCUCCUAAGAGGACGGUUGCCCAAGCAAGUCUGGCUAAGAAGGAAGGAAUCACUGUGAUCGCUGUUGGUGUAGGAUCUCAGUUGUUUCGAGAGGAACUUAGUCAAAUCGCAACCAACGAUCGAAAACUAUUUACCGUAUCAGAUUUCCAGGGUCUGCAACAGAUCAUAGUGACACUGAGAAACUUGAUUUGUCAAGUCAUCACAACGACUUCUACCACCCAGCUUGUGACCACGCCCAUACCACCACCAGUCACCCUGCAGCCAUAUCCUGGAUGUGAGGUACCGGCCGAAAUUAUGUUCAUGAUGCACGGUUCAGAUGACAUCAAGGACGACAACUGGGGUAUGAACAAGAAGUUCGUGAGUAGCCUGGUACGUAACUUAUACGUGAAUAGGGGAGCCCACCACGUCGGGAUGGUCGUGUACAGCAGCAGCGUGGGGGAUCACAUGUCACUUCAGCCAUUUAAAGAGGUGUUUGACGUACAGAAUCAUAUCAACAGUUUCUCACACCCGAGGGGCGGUGCUAACACUGCCGCCGCUUUAGCCAAGAUUCGAGAGGCCUUUAGAACGCAUGCUAGAGGUGGUGCUCCAAAGAUAGGAGUCCUAAUCACUGACCAGAAAUCUACAACUCCGGCCGAUACCAAACUCCAGGCUGAGCUGGCCAAAAAUGAGGGAGUUCAGUUCGUUACGUUGGGCAUAGGAUCAAAGGUCAACAUUGGCGAACUUGCUAAUAUCGCUACAGACUCUCAAAAGCUGUUCAGAGCAAUGAACUUCAAACGCCUGGAAAGCAUGAUGCCUAGAAUUCGAGAUAUGAUCUGUGAAAUUGUAACUACACCAGUGACAACAACAACAACAACAACAACAACAACACCUCCUCCUCCAGUUUCUACUCCAGCGCCAGAUUUUACACAGCUGUGUGCUGGAUGUCUGAUGAACAGUGACUCCGGUUUUAACCCCUAUCCUGGAGAUUGUACCAGAUACGUACAAUGCUGGAGGGACGGUGGAAGAAUCAUUGGAGCGGUAAAGGUCUGUCCAUACGGUCAGUUCUGGGACGAGGAUGCCAUCACGUGCCGACCUUCCAUGAAUGUUAUGUGUCCACAAGAUCCUUGCAUUAAUGCCCCAGACGGAUUUACGCUCGGUAUAGCAGAUCAUGGAUGUCGAUCGCACUGGGUUUGUGUGAAGGGAUACAGUGUGGCCUCGUGCUGCCCCGAGGGGACCUACUACGUAGAGGGCAUGGGCUGCAUGAGGGGCAUGGCCUGUAAAAUGCCUUGCCCACCAGAUGGUGGACUCAUUAUAUCACCGAACUGCGACAAGGAGGUCCAUUGGGAUGGCCGCUUUUACUUGGAGAAUGUUCCUGGGAAAGGAAAGAUGGUGCGCAGGUGUGCUCCUGGUACCAUAUUUGACAAAGGCUACUGCACCUGCGUAAUCGCUACGUCCAACUACGUGCCUGUAACUCCUACAGACAAAUGUAUGGAAUCUGUGCAUUUAAAUUUCGAUGUAAACAUGAAGGAUAAAUCUGGCAAAAGCACACAGAUCAACAACUUCGCUGUCCGCAAGACAAAGUACGGCACCGCCCACUUCAAUGGGAAUUCCUAUCUCAAUCUCUGGAACUUAGGAAAUAUCGACUAUACUGAUAAAUUUGCCCUAAAGUUCAAGUUCAAAUUCGACCGAUGGGAGAAUCGGUUUGAUAUGGGUGGAUAUCCUGUGGAUGCAGGAUGGAAAGGUGACUUCCUGUGGAAGUGGGACAGCCAGACGGGAUGGAAUAGGAACUCAACUGUUGGUGGAAGCUGGAAAGUUGUAACGUUGAUGAACAUGUUUAAAAGAAUGUUUGCAGCUACCUCAGAAAACGAAAUGGAAACCAUUAUGGUUGAGAUGGCUACAUCGCCUGAUUUCCAGAUUCUACUGUAUCAUCUCGGAUUUAUGCCGCAGUCAACAAAUGCUAUUCAGAUCUUACGGCAGUUAAUGUCUGGUAAUGGUGCCGUGUUCAUUCGGCAGAUAAUUAGACAAAUCGGCAACAUGCAAGGAGGGGUGAAAACCCGUCGUUUACUCCUGCAGUUACUGAUGAUGAGGGAAGUAGAUGAUUGGGUGAGGAAACAUAGUGGCAUCCAUGUCGACAUUACUAUGCAGAACUGGAGGCAGUUUUUGUCGUCUCUGAACCUUACCGAUUCCGGUUGGGACAUUAGCGGAGGAUGGAACAGCGGCAUGGAUGACAGGACUUUUGAUAUAAUAGCCGAUUUGUGGUAUCAAUUUGUCAGAGAAAACGGAAUGACGGGUCCAGAAUGGGAUGGCAAACUAACAUGGGCAUUGGGCAACGACCGACAGAAAGGGUCUAUGGAUAAACGUUGGAUUUUUGAUAUCCUUUUUGCUACAAAGAAUGCCACUAUUAAGAAUAUAUGGCUAGAUCACUUGAACAAAAGAAAUUAUAGCAUCGACUGGAUCAACACCGAAUGGCAGAUUGGUGGAGGAAUAGGAGGAACCGGUGGAGCUAGUGGUGGAAUUGGUGGUAGUGGUGGUAUGGGUCAGGGUCAGUGGAACGCCUGGCUCAACUGGCUGAUGGCAACAUACGGAAGUCAAGGUGGAACAGGGACUGGACAAGGAUGGGGUCAAGGAUGGGGUCAAGGAUGGGGUAAUGGAGGAGGUCAAGGAGGUGGCCACGGAGGUGGCCAAGGAGGUGGCCAUGGAGGUGGACAAGGAGGUGGCCAAGGAGGUGGCCACGGAGGUGGCCAAGGAGGCCAGGGAGGCUUCACCUUCGAUAGUUUCUUCCACUGGUUAUUAGGAAGCGGCUCUUUUGGAAACGACUUUUCAAUUUCAGGGGGAUCAGUUAAUGGAGGUCAAGGUCAAAACAAUGGUCAAGGUCAAGGCUGGUUUUGGGGCGGAAACGGACAAGGUAAUGGUGGAUCAGGGGCAGGAAACGGUGGUUGGUUGUGGGGUAGUGGCACUGGUUCUCAAACUGGUGUAAAUGUUGGCAUCCAUGGAACUAACGACUUUUGGAACAGCGGAAACGGCCAAAAUGGUUUUACCAAUGGCGGAAGCGCAGGCGGAAAUGGAUAUGGUGACUCACAAGGAGGUACUAAUAUGAACACCUGGGGUGAAGGUAGCGCAGGAUCAUGGGGCGGAAUAGGCGGGCAAGGACAAGGCGACUCGCAAGGUGGUUAUAACGGUGGGUCAAACUGGGGCGCAGAUUUUGGCGGACAAGGUCAGAGCGGUUCGCAAGGCGGGUUUAAUGUUGGCGAAACCGGAUACGGAGGUUCUGGCGGACAAUGGCAAGGCGGUUCUCAAAUUGGCGAUGAUGUUUGGGGUAACGGACAAGGUCAAGGAGGGUACAAUAGCGGUUCAAUCGGAAACGAAAACGGUGGAACAGGUAUGUCUACACAAGGGGAAGGCGGUUUUUGGUUUGGCGGACAAGGCGGAGUUGGGGCUGGUGGACAAGGCGGCAUUAUGAUCGGCGGGCAAGGCGGACAAGGGCUUGGCGGACAGGGCGGAGCUGGGGCUGGCGGACAGGGCGGAGCUUGGGUUGGCGGACACGGUGGAGUUGGAACUGGCGGGCAAGGCGGGGCUUGGGCUGGCGGACAAGGCGGAGCUGGGACUGGCGGACAAGGCGGAGCUGGGGCUGGCGGACAAGGCGGAGCUGGGACUGGCGGGCAAGGCGGAGCUUGGGCUGGCGGACAAGGCGGAGCUGGGGCUGGCGGGCAAGGCGGAGCUUGGGCUGGCGGACAAGGCGGAUGGGGAAUUGAAGGACAGAGUGGCUCACAAGGAGGUACGAACGGUGGCACAAUUGGUGGUGGUGAACAGGUUAGAACAGGUGGUAUGGGUGAACUUGGACAAGAGAACGGUGGGAUGUUUGGCGGCGCUGGGUCUAAUGGACAAUCCAGAGGUCAAUGGAAUACAAAUAGCGUUUCCAACGGACAGUGGGGUACUGUGGGUGGAGACAUUGGGGGAGGUAGGGUUUGGUUCGGUUCGUCGGGUGGCAAGGGUCUUGGCGGAGCCGGUUCACAAUGGGGAGUCGGUCAGAAUGGGCAAGGAUUGCAUUUCAAUGGUGCAAACGGACAAGGCAGUUUCACCGAAGGUGGUGCUGUACAGAAUGGAUUUGGACAAGGCAGUGCUGGAAGAUUUGCAAAAGGCGCUGCUUGGCAAACUGGCUUUGGACAAGGCAGUGCUGGAAGUAUGGCCGGAAGUGGUGCUUGGCAAACUGGCUUUGGACAAGGCGGUGCUGGAAGUUUGGCCGUAGGUGGCUCUGAACAAAAUGGCUUCGGACAAGGUGGUGCUGGAGGUUGGGCCCUAGGUGGCUCUGAACAAAAUGGCUUCGGACAAGGCGGUGCUGGAGGUUGGGCCGUAGGUGGGUCUGAACAAAAUGGCUUCGGACAAAGCGGUGCUAGAGGUUUGGCCGUAGGUGGCUCUGAACAAAAUGGCUUCGGACAAGGUGGUGCUGGAGGUUGGGCCGUAGGUGGCUCUGAACAAAAUGGCUUCGGAAAAGGCGGUGCUGGAAGUGUGGCCGAAAAUGGUGCUUGGCAAAUUGGACAGCAGGGAGGAUAUGGUAAUAAUGGAAUUAACUUGGAUGGUAGUCAAGGUAAUGGUGGCAGUUGGAACCCUAAACUGCAAGUAUUUGGCGUCAACGACAAAAGUGGAAACCAAGGUACGAACAGUAUUACCGCAUUCAGUGCAAAUAGCGAUCAUGUUAGCGCGUUAAGCAGCGGUGGGAGUGGGGGAAGCAUGUCGGUAGCGCUUGGGACCAGUGGUAGUAAUAAAGCGUUUGAAAAUGUUCAAACACCUGCUGGAGUAGGUGUUUCAGGAAGUUUUAGCAGUAGUAGUGCAAUUAAAAACGGGACUGAUUUAUACGAUCUUAUUCAUGGAGGUUUGCAACAGAACUUACAUAGUGCUGGGCUAGGUGGCGUUGGCAGUGAUUCUCUCGGUAUAAGGACCGGACAAAAUAACGCCAGAUGGGGUGUAAACGGUGGGGUUCGUACACAAUUUGGUUCUGGAAGAGGUAUAACCGGUGGAGCGAGAGACAGUGAACAAAUGAUAAAUGGCCAGUUGACAAACCGCCAGAGUGGACAAAAGGUUCAUUUUAACAAUGGACAAUCUGUUAACUGGGAAGACGGUGGUGUAUUGAGUAUGCAAGGAGGUACGUUGGCAAAUGGUGCCGGCAUAAAUGGACAAAGGGGAAGUUUGGUGACUGAUGAUAUGGUUGGACAAUUGAAUACUCUGAAGAAUAAUAUUAUGAGUGGACAAGGGGGUACAAGAGUUAACGGUGCUGGUGUAAAUAGACAAGGGGGGAAAUGGACGAAUGGGGUUGGCGGAGAAUUGGGUCAAAAACAAAGUGUUAUUAGAAAACAAGGCAAUGGUGGUGUUGGAGGUCAAGGACGCGGCGGUAUAACAGGUCAGGAACAUGGCAGUAUAACAGAUGAAGGAUAUGGUAGCAUCGCAGGUCAAGGACAAGGUGACAUUGUGGGGCAAGUACAGGGCGGCAUCGCAGGCCAAGGACAAGCUGGCAUUGUGCGACAAGUACAGGGCGGCAUCGCAGGUCAAGGACAAGCUGGCAUUGUGGGGAAAGCACAGAGCGGCAUCGCAGGUCAAGGACAAGGUGGCAUUGUGCGACAAACACAGGGCGGCAUCGCAGGUCAAGGACAUGAGGGCAUUAGAGGUCUAGAACUGAGUGGAAUUGGUAGUCAAGGACCGGGAAAUGUUGGUGAUUAUUUAAAUGUAAACGGAAUGUCAAAUACAUACAUAUCCGCCCUUUACGAUGAAUACAAGAAAACGUUCGGAGGGACUGGUAUCGUACAGAACAGACAACAUUCGACUUCUGGAGGAGAAACGUUGGGUCAAUUCUUGAAACAGACAAAGCUGGGGUCAUCUGCAGUUGUUCCUCCAGGAUUCUGGGGUUUUGACCAGGGUGGCACCGGACUUGGUGGUGGUGUCUCAGGUGGUUCAUCGGGUGGUUCUUUUGGAUUUGGUGGUGCCGGAAGCAGUGGAGAAGUGGAGGUGGGAGACAUCAACUCAAUUUUGAACAACUUGGGAGGUGCUGUCGGAUCACAAGGUGGUUCCUCCUCUUCCUCUUCCCAGGAGAGUGGGGAAAUUCAAAUGGGUUACGGACGAGGGUUAUCAGGGGGAAGUUCAUCUGGAGGAGGAAGUUCGUCUGCAGGUCACACAUCGACUGGUUCGUCUUCAUCUCAAAGUUCCUCGCAGGAAGGGUACCAGUCACAAAGACAUCGGGGAAAUAACUGGACAUAUCGGCAAAAUCAUCUACAAAUUCCAGCAUUUGAUUUUGAUGCUUUAGAAUUCCCGGAUCUCUUCAGAAAAAAACGCGCGGCUCCCAACGGCGAUAUAUUCCAAUAUCAGACUCUACUUACCAACUGCCAAUCGACUCAAGGCGCUUCAGUCAACAUUGCAGCCAACGAGAGAACUGUCAAGCUCGGCAUGAUGACUGAGGGUAGCAACAAGAUGACGGAAAUGGAAUUCAAUAUUGUUCCUGGAUGGAAUGAAGUCACCAUGACAUAUGAUGGGAAGAAUCUCAUGAGUAAGAUCCAGAACUGGCGAGGAGCUCAGGAAAGGAGCGCUCCUCUAACAGGAAAUAUUCAAAAACGUCAAGGAUUCAAGAUUGGUGGCGCGUGUGGUGCUAAUGUAAACUUCAAGGGACAGAUGGAUGACAUUCUACUUUAUAACUGCUUACCAUCGAAGUUCAAACAAGGGCCACGUGGGAAUCAGUGAUGACUGUUGUGACCCGGAUGUAGUAAUGCUCUUUACAUUUGUGAUAUGUAUAUGAAUACCAUGACAACUUGAUGGUUGUAUGACCUAGUAUAACAAACGUCUAUAAAUAGACUGUGAAAUGAACACAGUUUUACAUUUCGGUUGUGUGUUCAAUUCGAUAAAGGUUUGUUUUCUUGGUCUAUCAAUUCAUCAUUUACCAUGAACAAUGAUAGAAACAAACCGCUGAAGCUAUCACCAAUUACAUUGACUAUGGAAGUGCACUAUUAUUGCCAUAUAUGGAAAUUAUAAAACAAACGUACGGAUGUCUAGGAGCACCUUCCAAGAGAGCAUGUGGUGUCUUUUAUGAAAUGUUUAUGAUGUAUAUAUUCCAUGUUAAAACUAUGACACAAAUACGGAAUCCCACAGUAUUGAAUUAACGUGUGUGAUGUUUAUUCUGGUAUAUGAACGACAUUCACUGCUUGGAAAAAUUGAACUGUCUUCGCAAAUUUUUGUUUUAAUGUUGUUAGCUUAUAGUUCGAAAGAUGAUUUUCAAAAACGGCUGACUUUAAAUCAUCAAAAUUUCGGGAAUAGUUAAUUUUGCGAUUUUUCUUCUAAAGAGUUAUGCGGAUAUUGCUUUUUUUCAACGAUUUCAACUCUUGGACAGAACAUAUGUGUAAUGCUAUCUUUAUUCACCUGUGUAGGAAUUAGUAUUCGCGAUAGUUUUGAAUUCGUUAUUGUCUCUUUUCUCGAAUUAACGUGAAAAUGUCUUUCUCGCCAUUACAUGAGUUAAUUUUCCCUAAAUGAGUUUUUAUCUUUCCAUUUUUGUUUCGCUUAAACUUGUAAGCUUUAUCCCAAAGAUUUGUUUGCUUUUUGUUUAUAUCGUAACUUGUUUUUCGUCGUAAAAUGACGGAUUGGGCCAGAAUACAUACGGAAGAGCUAUUCUGGUGGACCGCUUAUACUCAAACGGUCCGAUUAUAAAAGCAUAGUAACAUCCUUUGUCUAUUUCAAUUGUAAAUACAUGUUACGUUUGUUUUUAAACGUGCACUUUUUGUAUUGUUAGUCGGUUAUAUUAAAAUCAGAGAUCGUUGCAUUA